UGUACAAGCUGUUCUGCUAAGAGUGCCGCGGUCGUUGAGCUGCAGUCUUGUUAAAUGCGUGAUUUCUCUAAAGUUGUUUAAUUCGCUGUGGCCGGUCGUCGCAUUUUUAAUUUGGAGUCGCGUGAGCUCGUAGAAGUAACGGGUUGUUACGGCGACGGUCUCAUCGCUGGAGUCGGCUCGUUUAACGGCAGCGCAGCCACCUUGCGGUCCUGCUAGCACUGGAGCUAGCUAACGUUAGCUAGCAGCUGUGUGUUGUGCUGUGUGAAGCUUGACUUAUAUCUGCGGGAACAUGUCUUCAGUCGGAGGCUAUCACGUGUCAACAUAAGUCGCCGAAAGAGUCCGAAAAUAAUCACCAAAAAACGGUUGUUAGCUCGCGAACUAGCUAUCCACUUAGCCGCGCUAGCUUCACUAACCGUCACCGGAUUGCCUUUCACAAAAGGGCAAGCCGUCAACAAGACACUGUGUACAGCCAAAGAACGCUGUUCUUUUUAUUUAUACAUUGGGCCCGGUUGUGCAGAUACUAUUAUAAUAGUGCAGAAUGAAUGGGUUUAGCACGGAGGAAGACAGCCACGACGGACCACCGGCUCCGCCGUUUUACGGACAGAGCUGCUGCCUGAUCGAGGACGGCGAGCGCUGCGGCCGCUCCGCUGGAAACGCCUCCUUCAGCAAGAGGAUCCAGAAGAGCAUCUCGCAGAAGAAGCUCAAGCUGGACAUCGACAAGAGCGUGAGACACCUCUAUAUCUGCGACUUCCACAAGAACUUCAUCCAAAGCGUGCGCAACAAGAGGAAGAGGAAGACCAGCGACGAUGGCGGAGAGUCCCCGGAUCAUGACGUGGAGGUACCCGAGGUCGACCUUUUCCAGCUGCAGGUGAACACGCUGAGACGCUACAAGCGACACUACAAGCUGCAGACCCGGCCCGGACUCAACAAGGCCCAGCUGGCAGAGACGGUGAGUCGUCACUUCAGGAAUAUCCCGGUGAACGAGAAGGAGACGCUGACCUACUUUAUUUACAUGGUGAAGAGCAGCAAGAGCCGCUUGGACCAGAAAGACGGCGGUGGCGGCGGCGGCAGCAAACCUCUGGACUAAACUACAAAAAACCACAACAACAACAAAAAAGUCACCAUUAAUAAUCCACAGACACCACUAACACAGCCUCCCACCCACGCCUCCGUCCCUCUCCUCGUGAGGACCAGACUCUGGGCGUCCUCGGAGGACAUUUAACUGAGAAUUCAGGCUGCCGUUACGACGCAGUGAAUUCUUUUGGGUUUCUUUUUUUUUUUUGCUUAAA